UUUCAUUUCAUCAAACCACACACAAAUAUAGCAAAACGAUUGCUCUCCACUCAAACAUAUCCGUAGAGAUAUAGUUAACAAGUUGUUAAGAGUAGCUAGCCAAUGGGUUCUCUACCUGCUAGCGUUAUCACUUGCAAGGCGGUAGUGUGCAAGGAAGUGAAAAAGCCGGGGCAGUCCUACAGAGAUGUAAUUGAGGUGAUGGAUAUACAGGUAGAUGUGCCACAGGGCGCGGAGAUCAGAGUCAAGAUGUUGUCCGCCGGUAUCUGCCACACCGAUAUUUCAAACAUCAGGGGUUUCAUGACCAAGCCAUAUCAUUUCCCAAGAGUUCUUGGGCAUGAAGGAGUUGGGAUCGUGGAGAGCGUGGGACCGAAAGUGAAAGGUUUUGAAGUCGGCGACAUGGUAAUCGCUCCGACGUACGGGGAGUGCGGGGAAUGCAGCAGCUGCAAAUCGGGCCGGACCAACGUCUGCCAGAAGUACGGCGCUAGAGACCCGCCGAUGGAGGCCGACGGCAGCUCACGGUUCUCUUUCAUCGACGGGAACGGGAAGAAGCAGUAUCUCUACUAUUUCCUCGCCCUCUCCACGUGGACACAGUACAUGGUCGUCGACUCCAACUACGCCGUCAAGCUCAACGACUACGAUUUCCCCGCGGCGCACGGUUGCAUCCUGUCUUGCGCCUUCGCCACAGGCUACGGCGCGGCUUGGCUCGACGGCGGCGUCCGGCCAGGAGACACCGUCGCCGUCUUUGGCACCGGCUCGGUUGGUCUCUCGUCCGUGAUAGCAGCGAAGGAUCUUGGAGCGAAGAAGAUCAUCGGGAUAGAUAAGAACGAGCGGAAGAGGCAAGUGGCGUUAUCUCUGGGAGCGACCGACUUCAUCAAUUCGGAGGGGUUGGGCACGAUGACGGUGUCCGACAAAGUAAUGGAGCUGACCGGCGGGAAGGGUGCGGAUUGCUGCAUUGAAGCUUCCGGCUCCGACGCCCUAAUGAACGAAGCCAUGAAAUCUGCUCUCCCGGGCAAGGCCGAAACAGUAAUUUGUGGAGCCGGAAUCUUCCCCGACGACAUGCUGAAGUUGGAUUUCACAAAGUUCCUGUUCGGAAACAAGAUGACCGGGUGCAUUUAUGGCAGGGUCAAAAUCAAGUCCGACCUCCCCUUUGUUCUGGAGAAGGCCAAACAGCCGGACAUCAAAGCCGGGAUUAACAGGAUUCUGGCGUACGACGAGAAGAGCAAGGAGUGCGGGUACCAAGUGGACAUCCGAAACGGCAGCGAAGCCAUAUACACAAUGCUGGAGAAGUAUUUGGAGGAUCCAGAAGCCAUCAAAAUCAUCAUCAAGCUCAACGAUGAAGAUGAACCCAAGAGGCCGCCGAUCAAACCGGUCCACUAUUGAUCCCACGUAUCAGCUGGAGAAUAUAAUGCAACUUUUCUACGUACGAUGUCAGAUUGAAAAUGCGUACGUAUACUAAGUAGUUUAACAUGAACAAUAUAAUGUAACGUAAAAAUAAAGGAUGGAGGAGUAUAUAUAUAUAUCCUCUGUGGUCGUGUCUGUGGUUCAGUUUCUCUGUUGUCGAUCGUUGUUGCUUCAGUUGUAAUCUAUUUUGUGGGUUGUGUUCUUAUGAAAUUUUAAAUUAUUAGCCAAACGUUAACUAUAUUUUUAAACAAUUUCGUUAGUAAUAUUGACUGAACUUUUAUGUUUUAAAGCUAUAAAUUAAAAGCUAUCUG